AUGGCAACCGUAGUUGUGCCUCCUAGGAUGCAACCAACAAGGUUGGGACGGGGUGAUCGCAAUGUUUUCACAAUGUCUGAUGAUACUCCGGCAAUGAAGCAAAUCUUGGAGACCCAUGCUCCUGAUGGCCGAGACAGUGGCUUUGAUGUCAAACCUCUUUUCCAAAUUGUAGAGGACAUCAUUCAUCAUUCCACCUCUACUGUCCCUUGGAUCACUCAUGUAACUCGAGAACAUUUGGGUGGAUUGGAGGAUAGGGCAACCCAGAAUGGAUUCAGUGAAAUGCUCCAACUUUUGGCACACCCAAUAAUUGUGCCUCCUAGGAUGCAACCAACAAGGUUGGGACGGGGUGAUCGCAAUGUUUUCACAAUGUCUGAUGAUACUCCGGCAAUGAAGCAAAUCUUGGAGACCCAUGCUCCUGAUGGCCGAGACAGUGGCUUUGAUGUCAAACCUCUUUUCCAAAUUGUAGAGGACAUCAUUCAUCAUUCCACCUCUACUGUCCCUUGGAUCACUCAUGUAACUCGAGAACAUUUGGGUGGAUUGGAGGAUAGGGCAACCCAGAAUGGAUUCAAUGAAAUGCUCCAACUUUUGGCACACCCAAUAAGUACAGUUUCCUGUGAGAUAUCUUGCAAGUGCUCCGGCGGCAGCGACGGGCACUCAACCACCAAGUCAAUUUGUGUUACACUUUCAGGCUACUCCUGGGACGCCAAGGUGGUGAUAGCAUUAGCAGCCUUUGCCGUGAUCUAUGGCGAGUUCUGGCUGGUUGCCCAGCUUUACCUCUCAAGCCCACUUGCUAAAUCUGUUGCAUACCUCAAACAACUGCCAGAGACGCUCGAGCGCGUGGACCUGUUGAAACCAAAGCUUGAGUCACUCAUCAAACUCAUCGGGGCCAUGCUUGAUGUGACCACCUGCAUUCUCAGGUUCAAGGAGCUCCCACUUCAGUACAUUACCUCUAACACACCGGCAAUGGCGACCGCCAAUGCUCAUAUUCCUGCAGCCGUUUAUUGGACCAUGCGUAGCAUUGUGGCCUGUGCGUCACAGAUCAUGAACGUUAUAAGCAUGGGUCCCGAGUACAUAUCCUUGAGCACCGAGGUCGGCUGGGAGCUAUCUACCCUGGAACAUAAGCUGAAGAACAUACUUGAACUCCUUCAGAAUCAGCUGGAUCUUUGUAAUAAGCACAUUGGCGAGACGAGAAGCGAGGAGACGUAUCAAACUAUUGUGCGAGUCAUGAGCACAAGCCACAUUGAUAACCAAAAAGUUCUCAAGAUUUUGAUUUAUGGCAAUGACGAUCAGCCACCACUCCAUUAUGGAACUGAAAAGAGACUGGUUGGUGUUGAAGAACUGAGGAAGAAGGUCGUAUUGUUAUUCAUCUCGGAUCUUGAUCUAAACCUCGACGAAGAGCUUUGGCUUCUUCAGUCUAUCUACGAAGAGAAGAUAGCACAACCAUCACACCCAGAGAGCCAGUAUGAGAUUGUAUGGCUCCCAAUUGUCGAAUUUGAUCGAACAAAACCAUUGGAUGAAGAAAAGGUUCAUCAGUUCCAUUCCUUGAAAUCCACGAUGAAAUGGUACACGAUAACUCACCCUUCGUUGAUCGAUCCAGCAGUGAUUCGAUACACCAAGGAGGUGUGGCGAUUUACCAAGAAGCCUCUUCUUGUGGCUUUGGAUCAACAAGGAAAAAUGGUGAACCAAAAUGCUAUCCACAUGAUUUACAUAUGGGGAAGUUUGGCUUAUCCCUUCACUAGCUCCAAGGAAGCAGCACUCUGGGAGGGAGUAGGCUCAUGGAAUUUCUCUGUAUUGGCAGAUAACAUUGAUCGAGCCUUGCUUGACUGGAUAACCCAAGACAAAUUCAUUUGUAUGUAUGGAGGAGAGGAUAUUAUGUGGAUCCGUAAAUUUAUAGAGGCAGCUAGAAUUGUUGCCCAGGCUGCCAACAUCCAUCUGGAGCUAAUCUACGUUGGGAAAAACAACCUUAAAGAAAAAGUUCGAAAAAACAAUGUUAUGAUCGUGGAUGAGAAAUUGGGGGCUGUUAUUGAGCUGGGCUUUGUCUCAUUCUUCUGGGCAAGGCUAAACAGCAUGUGGCACUCCAAAUUGCAGUUAAAGGCCGGGGACUCAGAGAAUGAUCCGAUAGUGCAGGAGAUUAAGACCAUCCUCAGCUACGACAGCGGCGAACAAGGAUGGGCUGUGAUCAGUAGAGGCACUGUUGAGAUGACUAGAGCAAAAGGGGAUAUUUUUCUGCAGGCAAUGCUGGAAUAUAAUAACUGGAUAACUGAAGUUGCGGAGCUUGGUUUUGUGCAUACAAUUGAUAAGUAUCUUCGUGACAAGCUCCAUCCUAAGCACCACUGUACCCGCCUGAUACUGCCUUCAUUGACCGGAGACAUCCCAGAGAGGGUGGUGUGUGCAGAAUGUCGCCGUCCCAUGGAGAAGUUCAUCAUGUAUCGCUGCUGUGUUGAUUGA